CUUAUGUUAUAUUUCUUCUAGCCUUAUUUCAAACAGAUAAUUUCCAUCUAUAAAUUUACGACUGUUAGAAAGGUUUAUUUUUCAAUUCAUUUUGUGAUGAGCAGCUCUUUCAAUUAAAACUUUCCCAACUAUACACAUUCUUGAUUCUAUAAAGGACUGAACUCAUGAUUUUAAUGCUUUAAUGAAAGCAUGUUACAUUUAAAACAUGGAUUUAAUAGUCAGUGAUCCUUAUUUUCAAAUUUUAAUCAGUUACUGAUAUAUAAUAGUUCUUCAAUUCCAUAUACAGUUAGGUAUCUUCACAUAGAACUCGAUUUUUUUAUCAAUUAAAAAUUCGACUCUAUAUAAGUAUGAAAUAGUAAAUGCAUAUCAGUGUAAAGCCUCAAAUUAUGUGAAAAAUAGCUAUCUACUAUGGAUUGUUUUUUUAAGAAAAAAUUAAUUUAAUAGCAUAGCAAUUUUUUACACUAUGAGCGCUGCUGAGGAGUCCCAUACUAGGACGAAACGGCUGUCCAGUGCUUUCAGGUUUUCCAUGGUGGUCUAGCUUUAAUUGACUCAUGAAUUCAACUAUUAAAUUAUUAAGUUAUUAAUUAAAACUUAUUAUCAUUUUUAGUAUAAAAAGUGAUAUGAUUAAGCUUCAUGAACAAGUGAUCAGUUUAAGAGAUCUUGCACGUAAUCAUGAAGGUACAAUAGCGCGUAAAGAACAGAUUAUCUGUGAUUUAACGGAUAAUAUUAAUAAGUUAAAAAUUCAAAUGGAAAUAAAGUUGAAAAAGGAAAAUGCCAAAAGAAAGUCAUUUUGUGUCAAACUUGCUGAUCGUUAUUAUAAACAAAAUAUUUUAAAACAAGCAAUUAUUGGAUGGAAACAAUUCAUGGAAUACACUUGGAAACAAAGAAAUUUUCGACGACUUACUUUGGAAGCUCAGUCUGAAUGUAUCAAAAUUAAACAAGAAUUAAAUCAAAAAAUUCUUCAACUGGAGGCUGAGUUAAAAAUUAGUCAAAGUGAAUUAGAAUCAAUGAAAGCCAAACAAGCCGGUGAACAAGCUGCACUGAAAACAGCAUUAAUGCGUGGUGUCUGUGCAUUAAAUAUGGAAACAAUGGCUGUAUUCAAUGAAACUCUGCCAAAUAUGAAUAAAGAAUUUAUAAAUAAAAAGUUUACUGUUGAUUCUCAAAUUUUAAACAAAAAUUAUUGUACAGAUGAUCAUUUGGAAUUGGCUCAGUUGACAUCGAAGAAAUUAAACGGUUGUCAUUUAGAUAAAACGAUUCACAAUCAAUCAGAUGAGAUGAUUUUCAACAUACAAGCUGAUCAUAUUAUGCAAGCCACUCAUCAAAGUAACACUGAGUUCUCUAAUCAGAACAGACAGAAUUCUAUGGAGGCAUGGCCAAGAGAUACAAUUCGUAAUGUUGAACCAUCUUAUAGUAAUGUGGUAAGAAAAGGCAACUGCGAAAAACCACUUAGUCAUUCCACGGAAAUUUGCGAACGUUGGUUAGGUCAUAGUGAUUACAGUGAGAACGAUCCAUUGAACUUAUCUGGCUUACCGACAUAUAAGAUGCAUGAUCGUCAUUUACAUACAAUUCAAAGUUUACCAUACCAGGUUGAUGAGAAAAUAUCUAAUUCAGAUCCAAGUGAAUUAGAACAUGACAAUCAGAUGGAUAACAAAUGGUUACCAAACAAAGAUUUAGCUCCGAACAAAAAUUACGACACAUCUUUUCGAAUCAAUAUAAACUCUACGAAUUCUAAACAUGAAAAACCCGACCGCAGCUUGUAUGAUGGAAAAAAUCAUACGACAGUUGAAAAUGCUAAAAAGAUGUUAAGUUCACGAAAUACAUCAAAUCGUUUUUAUUCUACGGUGAAACAAAAUAAAUUAUCAUCAUAUCCAAGACCUCAAACUGUACAGCAUGGAAUACCUACUGGGAGCUAUCCAAAUGGUUCUACAGCUAUGGUUAAUAUCUUAGUUCACCGACAUCAAACCGGUAAUCAGAUAAAUUCAACAGAAAAUGUAAAUACUCAUAAGCAUACAACUAAUUCAACAGGAGUACACUAUUCACAUUGUCAACAUAAUCUUUCCUCAACACCACGUUUAUAUUCUGAUUCCUAUUCUCAUAGACAUGUUUAAAUGUAUUAAAAUGUAACCUUUUUACUUCUUAUAUAAUUGAUGAAGGUAUAGUUAACUAAUAUAUGAAUGUAUUCUAUUAUCAUAUUUUCAUACGUUGCUAGAAUGAUCUAUAAAUAAACCUUAUUUAAACGUUGUAGUUAUUAUUAUUAGUGUGGUGCGUAC